AUGGCGAGCUCAACACCGUACUAUGCUCACGAUGACUUACGCGACGACGAGUCGAUAUUGGAUGACGGGGUUAUCGAAGCUGAUGAUGCAAUCGACGCAGAUGACCCCCUCCACGAGACAGAUAGAACACCUCUAAGAGGCAACAUCCAACCCGACAGCUCCUCCAGCUCCCGCGGCGGCAGCGGCAACAACCUCUCGAGCGGGUACCUCACAUCCCGCAUCCCCGGCGAAGACCGCCGCGCGCCGCAAAACACCAUUGACGAGAGCGUUUGGCAGACGCUCUCCCGCGAUCUUCUCGCGGUAUGGGAGAAGAUGCGCCAGGUGCUCUACCCGAAGUACCUGGUUGGCGGGAUCUUGUCGCGCGGCGGAGGUGGAAUUGGUGCUGCGGAACGGGGCGAGGCGACGGGCUUUGGAGGCGGCGUGCGGAAUGUGCUGGGGAGAUGGCCAGAUGCCGAUGUUGUGUUGCAGGGUGGGAUGAGCGAGGGGCUGAGGGAUUGGGAUCUUUGGGGCCCGCUUAUUUUCUGCCUGCUGCUUAGCAUGUUCCUCUCUCUGGCAAAGGGAGAUCAGUCGGAUGUGGUGUUCUCGGGCGUCUUCUCCCUCGUGUGGAUCGGGGAGGCUGUUGUGACAUUGCAGAUCAAGCUGCUUGGCGGGAAUAUCUCCUUCUUCCAAUCCGUCUGUAUCAUCGGUUACACGCUCUUCCCGCUGGUUAUCGCCGCCUUGCUCAGCGCCCUGGGUCUCCCGACAAUCGCCCGGAUACCGGUCUACCUAGUUUUGAUCGCAUGGUCAUUGGCUGCCGGUGUAAGUAUCCUUGGUGGCUCGGGCGUCCUGCGAAACCGCGUGGGAAUCGCGGUAUAUCCCCUUUUCGUCUUCUACAUUGCGAUCGGGUGUCUCUGCUUCAUCAGCUAG